UCGAACGUAGUUUGGAUUUAGAGAAAAAACAAAAAUGGCCGCGCCCAGUAUGCAUUGUAUUUUCGACGAGAUUUGCAAAACUUUCAAAAUCAGCGAAAUUACAGACAACCAGCGAAAAGCCAUCGUAGCAGUGAUGAAUGGUCACGAUGUUUUUGUGGGAACAAGAACAGGGAGCGGCAAAUCUUUGACAUACGAGUGUUUACCCAUAGUAAGACCGAAAUCUAUAACACUUGUGAUAGCCCCACUUGUCACCAUUAUGUCGGAGCAGUGCAGUAAACUGGAGCGUCUAGGAUUCCGGGCUACGUAUAUUGGUAAAGAUCAUUCAGAAACGGAAAACAUCAAACGUGGAAUGUAUGAUUUUGUGUUUGGUAGCCCGGAGAUUUUAGUAGGCGAUGUCACAUGGCUAGAGGUUUUGAAGACCCAAGUAUACCAAGAAAAGCUUAAACUCAUUGUUGUUGACAAGGCACAUACAGUACUACUGUGGGGAGAAAGUGAUGGUGAAGAUGAUCCUUUUCGAGUAUGGUUUUCUAAGAUAGGAGAGCUUAGAUCCCUCUGUCCUUCGGCAUCGAUAGCAGCUUUGACAGCAACAUCUGGGCCAGUGCAGAGAAGAAAAAUUAUGAAACUUUUGUGUUUUCAAGCCAACAGUACCAUUAUCUUAGACUCACCAUCUAGGAAAAAUAUUAAAAUCUCAUCACAGUGUAUCCCAAACAAUGAAAAUUUACAGAAAGUGUUUCACUGGUUGAUAGAGGACCUGAAAAUAAAAAAAGACAAGCUUCCAAGACAUAUUAUUUUCUGUGAAAGAAAUCAAGAUGUCUCCAAAAUUUACACAUUAUUUGUAAAAAAUCUUUGGAAAUAA